CAUAUAUUCACAAUUUGUAGGUAGUACAAGAACUGAAAAAUAAUUUUUGGUUGCCAGUAUACCUGUAGUCGUUGCACUGAUCAGUCGAUAGUUUUGUGAUAAAUUAUUUCUCAAGUGAAUUAAAUUAUUAACCAUGGGACGUGAUUCUAGAAAGGUUUCAAGAGAACUUCGGAGUUCUGAAAAAAUUAAUAAGUCGCGUUCAGUCAAAAGAAAGAAUGUUUUUAAUCCGAAAACAGCCGAACGUGAUGAAAGUAUUCAGAGUACAUCUUCUAAAAAAUUAAAACAAAACACUGAAGAUGAUGUACCUGAAGACAGCAGUACUGAAUUUCGAAUAAUAAAUUUUAUUCAGGUAUUCACUGCAAUUUCUGCUCUUAUAAAAUGUAAAAAAUGUGAUGGAAAUGUAGUGUUUCAAACAGCAAGUACACGUGGGCUGGGAUUCAAAAUUGUAGUUGCAUGUAAUAACUGUGGAAAUGAAUAUAUUCCUUCCUGUUCUUUCGUUGGGCAUUCUUAUGAAAUAAACAGACGUUUCAUUUUUGUAAUGAGAAUACUAGGAAUAGGAUACGAAGGAUUGUGCAAGUUUUGCGGCCUGAUGGACAUGCCGUCUUUUUUAGAUAAAUCUACGCAUACAAUUUUACUGAAACAGAUUUUGAAUUGUAGUAAAGCCGUCGCAGAAACCUUCAUGACGAAAGCUGUGAAUGAAGAAAAGCAAGCAAUGCCAACAACUGAAAAUGAAGAUAUAAAUCAUCUAACUGUAUCGGGAGAUGGAACCUGGCAAAAACGGGGAUAUACAUCGUCAUUUGGAGUUUCUUCUAUAAUUGGCUAUUUUACUGGAAAGAUUCUUGACAUAAACAUUAAAAGUGCAUAUUGUAAGCUAUGUGAGUAUUGGAAAAAAAAAACAAAUACUGUUGAGUUCGAGGAAUGGUAUCAAUCGCAUGAAGAUGUGUGUUCUGCUAAUCAUCAAGGGUCUUCUGGGAAAAUGGAGGUGGAUGCGAUGGUCGAAAUGUUUUCGUAUUCUGAAACUAAAUAUGGAGUUAAGUAUGCCAACUAUAUUGGUGAUGGUGACUCCAAGACCUAUUCAGGAAUUAUAAAAUCAGAUCCUUACGAAAAUACAACUGUAAAUAAAAAGGAAUGUAUAGGGCAUGUCCAAAAGCGGAUGGGGAGUCGAUUACGUACGCUGAAGAGUAAACAAAAAGGUCUUGGUGGUCGAGGUAAGCUCACAGGAAAAUUAAUAGACAAACUAACUGUGUACUAUGGUUUAGCAAUACGCCGGCAUUGUGAUUCUAUUGAAAAUAUGAAAUCUGCUAUAAUGGCAACCUUUUAUCACUACGGCUCGAGUGAUGAAAAACCGAAUCAUGAUAUGUGUCCAAAAGGCGAAGAAUCUUGGUGCUCUUACCAGCGCGCUGAAGCAAGAGGAGAGCUUGAUACCUUUUCUCACGAUUAUUCUCCUUUACCUUCUGAUGUUUUAAAAGCUAUCAAGCCUAUAUACGAAGAUCUUAGUAAUGAAAAUUUACUUUCAAGAUGUGUAGGUGGAUUCAAUCAGAAUAAUAAUGAAAGCUUUAACCAACUAGUAUGGAAAAUAUGCCCAAAAACGGUAAAUACUAGUUUUACCAUCGUACAAAUAGCUGCAUACGUUGCUAUGUGUAUAUUUAAUGAGGGUAUAAAUUCAUUAUUAGUCUUGAUGAAUACACUAGGACUUAAUUGUGGGCCUAAUUCUCAUCGGUAUGCAGAAAGAAUGGAUGCUGCACGUAUCAAAGUAGCAGAUAAGCGCGCUAAUGAUAACACCCGAGAAGGUCGAUUGCAACGUAGGCACCAGCAAAUCGAUAUUUUGGAAGCUGCUAUGUCGGCUGAAGAGCUAUUAUAUGGUCCAGGAAUAGAUGACUCAGUAUGAAUCUCCAAGGACUUAUGAUGAUCACCGCAAAGGACUUCGGGAGGAACGGGCUCUACAAAAACAGCGAUAACUUUUUGAAUUAUUAAUUUUUUUUUUUGAAAUUUUCGUGAAGUCAAAUCGAAACGUGUUCUAAUAAAGCUAUGUUUUUAUUUUUGUCAAAUAAAGUAAUUAACUACAAAAAAAAAAUUAUUGAAAAUCAUCAUUUUUUCAU